CUUGUCAACCCUUUACAACUUGUCUUUCGGCUUGGCUUCCUCACGAGCUGACAUAAGCAGUGAAGCGCCACACUUGCUUGGGCUUGCUGCUUGUGGCGUGUGGCUUUCCGACGACCACCUGUAACUACAAGUGCGAGCCUUACGUUGCCAUGGACAACAACAACGAUCUUAGGUCCCCGCCCCUGUACGGACGCCUUCUUCCAGUCGGUGGCCCUCCCAAGCUGGACAAGAGGGGUGGAAGAGAGCUGCAGCGCAGCAAGGUAUUCGGUAAUGAUUGCUCCGUGCCUCCGACGCAAGAAGUCAGUACGGUUAUUCAGGAGCACCUCUUCAACAAGGCCCUCGAUGAACAACACAUCACGUCGGCAGAUCCUUUACACCACUCUGUCAUUGGUGGACACCUGACCACCAAAUCUUGGUCGACCCUGCAUACGUACCUUGCCCUCGUCGGCAAGGAAGUGCCAAGCGACAUCUCUUCUAUCAUCUUGCACCCCGUCAGCUCAGUCCUGAAGCUCCUGAAGCCCAAGCAGCUCAAACAGAGCAAGGCUGCUGCCACCGGAAAGCAAACUCCUGCGGCCCAAGACGCAUCCGCAGCUGGCCCAUCCGCAGCCGGCGCAUCCGCAGCUGGUCCAUCAGCAGCCGGCGCAUCCGCAGCUGGUCCAUCAGCAGCCGGCGCAUCCGCAGCUGGUCCAUCUGCAGCCGGCGCAUCCGCAGCUUCUGGAAUUCUGGAUGGUGCAAAAAGCAACACCAACUUGUCCAUUGAUCUAAUUGAAGUUCCAUACGCCAUCAGGGAGGCCAAAGCAAGUAUUCGACGAUGCAUACAGCUGUACGUAACCGAGUGCGGUACGGCCUACGUCCUCGUGAUCUUCCUUGGAAGCAAGGACGGGACCAUCAACGAGCAGCAGGAGGCCGCCGGAAGACGUGAAGACGACGACAUGUUGCCCCAGGAUGUUGCCGCAGCGGCGCCGCUGCCAGCGAGUAACAAGGCCCAUGCCAACAACACUCCGGGGGCGCUGGCAGGAAAGGAGAAGCGCAAGAACGUUGCGCGGCUGCCGGCAAAGAGCGAGGCCCAGGCCAGCGCCCCUCAGGCGGCAGAGGCAGUGCGCAAGAAGCGCAAGGGCAGCCCAGCGCAGAACAUCCCACCGGCACCUUCUGCGCCCCAGGUCGCCAACACCCGAGCACCACCGGCGGGGGGCAACAAGGAUGCACCACCGGUGCCGCUGCCGGCAAACAGCGAGGCCCAGGCCAGCGCCCCUCAGGCGGUUGAGGCAGUGGACAAGAAGCGCAGGGGCAGCCCAGCGCAGAACAUCCCACCGGCACCUUCUGCGCCCCAGGUCGCCAACACCCGAGCACCGCCGAUGCUGCCAUUAGCUGCCAGGAAAAACGUCAACGGUUCCGGAACCGGUACGGCUGCAGUCGAGCCCCCUGCUCCGGUAGCAGCACUGGCUGUUGCGACUGCUGACUCCAGUAAGCCGGGUUCCACGAUUGCCGUCGACAUCUCAAUCGCGGCCAGCGGUCAGAAUGACAGCCUGCCACAGACAGCAAACGCCAUGCAUGCGGUGAGCAUGAGCGUAGAUGCAAGCCUCUUUCCCCCGCAUAUGGCAGCGGCUGUCAUGGCGGAUGGUAGCGGCACUACCCCAGGCGGCCCUGUCGCAGGCGCCAUGCAAGACGUUGAUGGGGCAGGCACGGCUGCAGCUGCAGCGGUGGGUGCUGGGGUUGGCCAGGCGCAGGUCGUGCCGCAACUGCCGACGCGGGCUGCAGCUGUCGCGGCAGCUGAGAGCCCCGUGGCGGCCACCGGCGGGAGUGGAGCCUCGCAGGCAGCUGCUGGCGAGGAGGGGCCGGAUGCCGGUAUUGCAUGCAUGAAGUUCCUGGGAGCAGCCUCCGCCAGAAUUGCUUCCGAGCACGCCCAGAUGACCGAUUUUCUGGACGAGCUGUAUAAGGUGAAGGAGCGCAUUGGUAUUUGAGGUAGCCAUGCUAGCGCAAUUGACGGUUGGUGUUAAGGGGCUGUGUUGCUGCUCGUGUGCGGCCAGAGUCCAACUACCAGUACUUGGCAGCGUUAUCAUGAUAUGAGCCCAGCUUGAGGUUGCAUGGUUAUGGCGAAUGCGACUUUGUUUGCUUGCUAGUGUGCGCCAGGAAGUGUGUAAGCAGCUUAGGAGCAUUGUAAGUACACGCGCUGUUGUGUACUGCGGCUUAUGAACGUGACGCCAUAUUCUGCAAUGACUAGUAUGGUACAUCGACAGUAUGGUACUACGGGUGAUCUUCGUUGAAUGUUCAUGAUACAUGUUGCAUACCUUUCAACGGUGUGCAGUGAGAGAGUUGGGGAAGGGUGUAGCAGUGAUGAUGCGGCAGCAAACGCCGGGCGCCUAAUUACGCAGGAGUGCGAAGAAUUUCUGCAGCACGAGGCUUGCGUUCACGUGCGCCAGAUGCAUAGUUUACCAAUGUGGUGCCGUGCCAUCUAUUCUUCUGGGGCAGGUCUUGACAUAGCGGUGACCUUAGUCCCUAUACUCUUUAGGGACUGCUGUGGGCUCCCAGGUCACGGGUGUUGCAGGCUUGCUGUUUAAGCAGUGUCUCAGGGCGCACUGCGUGUUUGUUAGCCGCAUGGUCUUGGGCACACAUUCUGAUUGCCUAGGGAUCCAGCUGCGCGUGCGUUGCGUGCGUCAAGGUGGGGCAGGGUGUAUCGUUUGGGCGCGACUAUGACAUAUUCGGGUUUGUUCCUGGGCUUCAAGGCGUUUGGUAUGCCGGUCAGGCUGUUGGGCUUGUGAUUACGUGAAUCUCUACAUGGGACCUGGUUGUCCUGCAACCCAAAAGGGCGCGUGUGUCAGCAUUGAUAUUAUCGUCACGGAUUUGACAUCUAUUCCGUUGGCGCAGGGUAUAGGGUAGUGAACUAGUGCUAAAGCAGGGGUAACGGUGAUAUUGGCAGGGGCAUCCUGAUACUGUUUGCGGUGAAAGGUUGGGUUGCGGGUGAAGAUGCGGCAGAAGGUGGAGAUCCGGUAAAGAAAUGUAUUGUGGUGGACGGUUGAGUUGCGAUGGAGGGUUGAGUUGCGCGGAUGAAGGUUGCUUUGUGACGUUCGCCUAACGGCGUUGUCAUACGAGAUACGACCAGGGAAUCAGCCACAUGCGUGAGCUGGCUGCCCUGUGGCUGCUGAGGAUUGAGCUUCCUUUGUCGUGAAGGCGGUCGAGGCCGUGACCAGUGUGGCUUGGGUGGCAGCUGCGGAGACUUUUCUUGUUGACGACUUGCCACCCCCGUCGCCGCCGGCUACUUCGGAUGAUGCUUGGCAGGUUUUGGUUUCCCGCUUGAGGUGGCACUUACCUCAUGUCGGACUUGUUCCUUUGCGGAACCUCUCUUUUCAGAUGGCCAUGGUGCUUCAGCUUGAGGGUGUGUUCGAGGAGCGUGCUCUGUUGCACUCGGUCUUUGUUCGGGAGGCUAUGGGGCUUCCUGCUACCCAAAAGCUUCCUGCGGGUAUUUCGGAUGGCCUUCGGGAUUCUUUCCAGCGCCUCUGGAGUGUUCGCUGGGAGAAUCGCUUAAGGAGACGUUUUGACGCUUGUCCAUUAAUGGGAUUCCGUUACUCGAGCGUUGUGGCUGUGGGUCUGCUGUUUGGGGGUGUCUCAGCGGUUGCAUUAUUUCUGGGCUUGUCCUGUUGCCCGUGCUGUGGUUGAGCAGCUUGAGGUGAAGUUGGGUGAUGUGAGUUGGGUGCGGGCUGCUUUGUUGUUGGUUUUGCCUCCCUCGGGCGUGCAGCAGUGUGUUUGGGAUAUUGUUUUCCUGGGUGCUUUGUCUGCUAUGGAGGAGGGUCGGCGUUUUUUGCGGGCUCGUAUGCGUGAGUCUGGUCCUGCGGGUGCUGUGCCUGGGCUAACUGACCAGGCCGCUCUUUUUGCGUUUUCCUGGUUUCCGGGUCAGCUCCGGGGGUUUACUUGUUUGGGUGUUCCCCGUCGGGGGUGGACUGAGGUGGGCCCUUCUCAUCCGUUCUUGCGUGUUGUUGCCGGGCGGCUUUCUGUUGUCGGUUUGAGUGUCCUGUGUUUCCCCGUGUGAGUCUGCGAGGUAGGGUGCUGGGCUCCCUGGCGUUUGCGCGCGCUGCUGUCUCUGUUGGGGUCUUGUUUUGUGUUUUGGCCUUUUGUGCGUGUAUUGCCAUUGGUUUUGCUUGUAGAGGUGUUUGCUGAGGGGCCGUUUUCUUGGCUUCUACCCUCGGUUAUUACCUCUUCUUGUGGUUCCUGUUGGGUUCUCAUGCCUGUUUCCUGCUAGCCUGUUGUGGUGUGUCUUUCCGGCGUGUUGCGCUUUUCUUGCAGUGUAGGGUUGGGUUCAUCACCCGUGUUUCCUUUCAGGGAACCUUUGUAACGGCAAUUCAUUCAGUGUACAUGUUGCCCCUGUCGUGGUGGUGAUUUAAGGUGUUGGAGCUGCUUGCCUGGGGUCACAUCUCACAUGACGAUAGACUUGCCCCAAGGGAUAAGCCAUGAGGAAUGGGUCGUAGGGUUUACUUGGUGCGCUUUGCGCCUUGUCAGCCAGAGCCAGCACAACAAGUCCUUCAUUGUUGGGGUCGCGGGCUGAUGGGCGCCUGGUCUUGGCUGUAAAGUGAGGGAUGGUUAGGGUGCAGCCGCCUUUAGACGUUUAGCUGACGACGUACGUCUUGGCAGGCAGGUUUCGAGGAGUGACAUGUUCGGCCAUGGUUUGCCCCGUUUGUACGGUGUUUUGGCACUCAGUUGUUUAUGCAAUACCGGUAGUCGGUACUGAGUGGAGUGGACUCCCGUACAGUACUCCCGACUUCCAUACGUAGCUUGCUGCUGCGUGUUCGUGCCAGUGGCUUUUGGUGCUCUCUCUGGAUUGUCAGGGAUCAAUGUUGUUAGUCUGUUGCGCCGCACUGGAUGAACCUGCUGGUGCACGCAGUACACUCGGUUCUUGGGUCUCUCCUUUAGGCGUUUCCGUCAAUGGCCUCAGUGGCACAGGACACCGAUACACCAGUGGCGGCUCCCUACUUGCUGCUGUCGGGAGUUAACCGUGAAGCGCGUCCGCGCGCCUGUCGCAUAGCUGUAGGCUCGUCAACCUGUUGCAACCCUUUAUCUCUCAAAUUUGACUUUAAUACACAAGGGCAGCAUCGGU